AUGUAUCACUACACUUCUUACAUUGAAGAUCUACUCUUUCGUCAUCCUACCAAAGCAGAUAUUAGUAGAUAUGAUAAAUCAGUUUACAUAAAAAAUAAUAUUGAGUUAUAUUUCAGAUUACAUUUACCAAUGUUAACACAAGAUAAGUUAUUGAUCAAUGGAAUGCCGCUAAUGUUCAUAUUCACUAGAAGUCCCCGUAGUUUCCCAAUAAUCGCUGAAACUGGUUCAUUUAGAAUAAAGCUGACUAAACUUGCAACUCAUAUGAAACGAGUUAAACUUUUCCCUGACGCACAAACUGGAAUAAUAUCAGCUUUGAAUAAUUCAAAUGCAAAUUAUUUCAUCAUAAGAAAUGAAGUCAAGAGCUUCUCACUAAGUAAAGGUCUCAGUUCAGCAACAAUGGAAAAUAUCUUCACAGGGAUUCUACCUCGUCGAUUAAUUAUUGAAUUUGUUGAAGAAAGUGCCUAUUCUGGAGACAUAAAGAUGGAUCCAUAUAAAUUCAAAAAUUUAAAGAUAAAAAAAAUUUCUCUUAAUGUUGAUGGAAACACAAUACCAAGUAUUCCACAUCAACCUGAUUUUCCUGACAAUUGUAUGAGGGAGUAUGUAAAUUUAUUUCGUGUUCUAGGACAAGAUGAGGGAAUUCCUCAGAUUGAUUUAUCUUACGAAGAUUACAAAAGUAAAAAAACAUUAUUUGCCUUUGACAUUGGUGGGGCUCUUGGUGGUGAGUCAGGGUCAUUAUCAUUAUUAAAAAGAGGUGCAAUCAGAUAA